AUAUUAUCAUGAAUUAACCUGGAAUAGUAAUUUUUAUUAAUGGAAGAGAAUUGUGUGUGCGGAAUUGAGUUUAAUUCAGUCAAGAAUUCCACACAUUAUAAAAAUUGGUUCAUUGAUUCCACACAGAAACUCAAUUCCAUACAACUAAACACUUACCAACACGCCGCCAAACUCCUCAAACGAGGUGACGGUGUUAGGAUUCCGAGUUUUGAGGAGGAGUUAUGGCUCAUUAAGUAUUACUCACUUCAACUAUCGCAAUUCGUAAACGCCAAUAAUCUCAAACCUUCAGUUAAAGAAACGUCAUUGGUGUUGUUUAACAGGUUUUAUUUGCGACGUUCACUGCUUCAAUACGAUCCCAGAAUUAUCAUGUUUACGUGUAUAACAUUGGCAACUAAGCUUGAGGACAUGUGGCGUUCAGUGUACAUUGACAAGCUUUUAUACAAGAUUAAUAACCUCAACAUCACAAAAGUGUUUGAGAUGGAGGCGAUAGUCUGCGACGUUUUGAACUUCAACCUCAACAUCUUACACCUCAGCGAUUCCAUCCACAUUCUCAUACAACUUCUCAUCAAUUAUAUAAGGGAGAGUUUGGAGGUGGAAGGCAUAAAUGAAUACAUUGGCGUUAUCUUAUACAUGUUUAAACAAGCUGAAAUUACCUCACUCAUCAUGGUCGAAUCACCCACGUUAAUGUUUUUGUAUACGCCGGCGCAAUUGGCAUUAUCUGUAAUCUUACAACUUGUUAAAUCCACCUCACUUUCCACCAUUCUCUCCAUUGAAUCUUUUGUGACAACUCAAUUACUAAAUGGAGAUGAAACUUAUUUAAUGAAACUGCUCUCACUCACUCAAUCCAUCAACGAUGAAUAUAAUGACUUUAUAAAGUUCCGAGAUGACUUGACAAACCAAUCUAAAGCACAGAAUAUUAUGGAUUUAUACGUUAAAAUUUAUGAAACUUCCGUAACGGGGUGAGGUAUAGCGGUGUGAUCUAGGGCUGUCCAGUGCUGAGGUCUUGGACUGUAAUCUACUACUGAUGUCUACUGCUGAGAUCUAGUUCUUAGACCUAGUGAGAUCUACUGCUGUCUGGUGGAUUAGUUGUUUAUUGAUGAUACAGCGUUGAAUGUCAUGGUCACUGUGUAGUAACUGGUAAAUAUACCCACACAAGU